AUGUCAACCGUGGACGAGCUGUUGAAAAAAGUGGAAGGUAAGCUUCGAAUGCUGAAAUUUAUGAGCGAUGAGACCCCCAGUGUUUUAGGAAUGAAUAAACAAAAACAAAUUGAGAGACAUGUCAAAGUGUUGGAAUCGUUAAUCGAGGAAGUUCAUGAUUUAAAAGUGGAAGUUCAGAGAAAGAGAAUUGAGAAAGGGGAUGACCUCACAGAAGUUAGAACAUGGAGCCGUGACUUAGAACAAACUGUACUUGAGUUUGAAAAUGUUAUCAGUGAAGUGAAACAGCAGAGUGAGAAACUGUGCGAAAUUGAACUCCAGAAAGCUAAGGAUAAGGAGAGAGGAAUUGAAAAAGAAAAGCGUAGGAAACGUUAUGAGGAAGAGAUGGCAUUCAAGGAAGCUAAACUGGAACUGAAACGAAAGUUUAAAAAGGGAUUAGAGGAAGUUAAAAUGAAGUCUGCAAGCCAAUGCAAUUCUGCAAAGCUGCCCAAGUUAACACGGUAUGGGAAAGAAAGUGAAGUUGCAAAUGCCCAUAUGCAGAGCAUUAUUUCCCUACCAACCAUAUCUGGGUCCGAUGCAAGGAAAAUCAAUAGUUUCUUUAAAACACUGGUUGCAAAUACACAAGCAUUAGAAACCAUGGGGAAGCUGAAUGAAGUAAAGGGGUUUGCACGAAGCACGCUGGAUAAAUUACCAGGCAUACGGGCAGACUUGGUACGAUCAGAUGACAAUUGGCAAGAUUGGGGAUUUGGUGAGAUGGUCGAAGCACUGCGAAAAUGCUGUGUGAGGAACCCCAUAUCAGAAGAAGACCAUAAGUCAGAUCACAAGGGUACCAGCCAUUAUCAACAAAAAUCUGGAAAGCUCUUACAUGCGAAGCAGGAAUUAUGGAAACCAAGACCGUGUGUGUUCUGUGAGUCAACCCUACACAAGUCCGUAGACUGCGACCAAGUUGUGGACAUUACAUCUCGAAAGAAGAUCUUGUUAGAGAAAAAACUAUGUUUCAACUGCACUGGUGUAAAACAUCGAGCAUCCGAAUGUCAAAAUAAAACAACUUGCUUUCGGUGUAAUGCGAAACAUCACACCUCUAUUUGUGAUGACCAAGGAAGUGCAACUAAACAAAUGAUGUUGGCUACUGGUAAAGGGACGGUGAUAUAUCCAGUUGUUGUAGCGGUUGUCAAUGGGAUAAAAUGCAAGGCCCUCUUGGACACAGGAGCUGGCAGUUCGUAUAUCUCUGCAGAUUUGGUAAAGCUUCUAAGGAAACAGCCUUCACGAACUGAGUACCGGCAUAUUGAUAUGAUGAUGUCAUCGACAACUCAGAGAAUUGAGAUCUAUGAUGUGAUUAUGGCUGAUGUUAGAGGAAAAUUUGAAAUGAAAACCCAAAUGGAUGAUGAAGACACCAAAGCUGAGUUACCCAUUCACCUCAUCUUGGGGGGAGGUGACUAUUCUCGAAUCAAAACUACCACCAAGCCUAGGUUGGGUCACCCUGGCCAACCAAUCGCCGAGCUCACCGCUUUGGUUUGGACAAUGAUGUCAGCUGGAGAGGAAGUUGAUUUCAGCAACAUUUAUCUUACCAAAUCUCCAGCUGCAGAUUAUGAAGAACUGUGCUCCCUGGAUGUUUUAGGCCUCAAGGACCACCCGCAACAUUAUCAACAGUUCAUUUAUAAGGAAUUCCAAGAGCAAUUAACACAGAGCGAUGAAGGAUGGUACGAAACGAGGUUAUUAUGGAAGCCUGGUCACGACCCAUUACCAAACAACAAAAGAAACAGUAUAGGACGGUUGUCUGGGUUAUUGAAAAGGCUUCAAAGAGAUCCAGAGUUGCUGACUCAAUAUGAUGAUAUCAUUCAGAAUCAGAAGAUUCAAGGCAUUGUGGAGGAAGUCACUAACGAUCCAGUAGGAAAAGAAUUUUAUUUACCUCACCGACCAGUGAUCCGAAAGUCUGCCGAGUCAACAAAGGUGCGGAUCGUAUAUGAUGCAUCUUCCAAGGAAAUGGCGUUGAGUGGAGACCUCGAGCAAGCCUUUCUUCAAGUCCAAGUACGUGGCCAAGAUAGAGAUUCCCUAAGAUUUCAUUGGAUCAAGGACAAGGACUUGUUAAAUGUUGAAGUUUUAAGAAUCACUCGAGUAGUUUUUGGUCUCGUGCAGUCACCAUUCUUGCUGGGAGGGACCAUCCAAUGCCUUUUGGAGAGUAUGCGUCAGAAGUACCCUAUAGAAGUCGCGGAGAUCAAGAAAAACCUCUAUGUAGAUGACGUCAUCAGUGGUGGAGAGACUACAGAAGCAGUUCGUGGUUUGAAAUCAAUGGCGGUGGAAAUUUUUAAGCAUGGGAAGUUCACUCUACACAAGUGGCACUCCAACAAACUAGAUUUGGAAGGGGGGAGCCAGCCCACAGAAAUUAAUCAAAGUUAUGCCAAGGAACAGCUUGGUGUCAAACCCGGUGAAACAAAGCUAUUAGGACUCCCCUGGAACAAGGCAAGGGACACGAUCGCAACAGUCUUUCCAGACAACACGCCAGUUACAACAAAAAGGGAAAUGUUGCGAUUUCUGGCUUCCAUCUAUGACCCCCUUGGAAUCGUUUCUCCCAUAUCCCUUGUCGGUAAACUCCUCUACCGUGAUGUAUGUGAUCAACGUUGGCCUUGGGAUGCAAAGUCACCACCCCAGAUAUUUAAGCGUUGGAGAAAAUUAGAGAAUGCCCUACCCAAACAGAUGGAAGUACCACAUAGCAUCGCAGCCUUUGAAGAACUGAUUGAAGCAGUCCAUCUCCACGCGUUCGGUGACACUAGUUCUGACGGUACGUGUGCAGCCGUGUACACACUUGUGCACCAGCAAUCGGGAGUCAAUCCAGGCUUAGUAGCUGCCAAGUCGAGACUUGCAAAAAAGAAUUUGACUAUCCCACGAUUAGAACUUGUAUCAGCCCACAUGGCUGCAAACCUCAUAGACAAUGUCAAGAAUGCGUUGAGUUAUCCAGUUACAUCAGUCUUUGGGUGGCUAGAUAGUACUACCGCCCUUUAUUGGAUAAAGGGAAACGGCAACUAUAAAGAGUUUGUUGCGAAUAUAACGAAGAAAAUCAAAUAUCAAAAUUGGUCAAUCGUACUUAUUAAGAAUGACGAGCGAAACCGUAGCAAGUGGAACCUAAGUGUUGUUGUUAAACCUAUUAAGGGUCGAGAUGGUGUUGUUAGAGCUGUACGAUUACAAGCCGGAAAAUCAUAUCUCGACCGUGCGGUCCAACAGCUGUAUCCAUUGGAAUUAGAAUGUGAUGAUCCUCCAGUGGUUAAACCAGCAGUUGUAUUGAAUGCAGAAGCCAGGGAGUUCCGACCAAAACGGAAAGCCGCACAAGAAGCCGAGAAGCUAAUCAAGAACGUUGCUGAGUUUGAACUUGAAAGUUAA